AUGACCCGUGUGAACUAUCGUUGGAAUGCUCUUGCACUCCCGGUGCUGUACGAAACUGUCAUCAUCAGCGGUUACGGUACCAAUGCAGCGGUAUCGGAGGCAGCUGUUCGACAUGUCAAUGGUGUUACAUUUCCCAAGGGGGAUUAUAAACUCAAGCUUGUCCAACGAUUACGGUGUGAAGCAGCUGAGCUACAGUUUCCAAAACUGUUCAGUGCGAGCUGUGUGCUUCAAGGUCUACCGAAGCUUGAAGUGAUUCGUUACAGCCGCUUGAGAACAAAGAGUGAGAUUGCAAGAAUGGGCGAACUUCCUGAUGAAGAGGUGGUUGUUGAUGAUGCGCUUGGGGGUGGUGCGUUGGUGGGUAAAUACGAUGGAACUAUGACAUCCAGCCAGCUUUUUUCAACCUAUAUUCAUCACCUCUCAACUCUACCCCAUCUUAAAACCGUAGAUCUGGACCUUGGCAUCACCCCCGACUCAUUUGUUGACCUUCGAGGCAGCCUACCGAGCAGUUUCAAUAUCCUUUCCGAAUUUCUCGAAACGAGAGCAACUCAAAACACCAAUGUCAAUCGCGAGAAAAAACUGAUGCUUCUCUCAAAAACCCAAUUUAAUGAGCUCAUCACAGACUUCACCGACGAAAUUACCCGCCGGAAUACCCGCUCUCCAGAUGGUCAUGUUUUGACAAGCCAUCUUGAACCCGUUGACGAAUACUCACACAAGCGAAACCAGGUGCGUGCUAAAUUUGCGACUGUUCAGCAACAAGCCUUCGAGGAGCUUGCAGCAGAUGUACAUGAUCAAAUGCUCAUAUCAUACCCACAAUUGUCGGUGCCGGGGUAUAAACAUCUUUUUGAACCAACUCCACCCUUUGGAAACGAUAGUCUCGAUCAUGUAACGUGCUUGAAUAAGAUUGAACAAGUGCGAGUAUUACGUGUGACACCAAAGGAAAAACGCCAUCAAGGGUUGGUGCAAACCCUUCGUGACAUGCAGGUAUACUGCGCUACUCUGAUGUACGAGAGCUUAGCCGAGUACGGAAUGGACAAGAUUGAAAAGCUCCGCAUCAGAAUGGCCCUUGAUGGACCGUGGGUGGAAAUCCUUAUUUAUCGGGACAAGGAAAAUUCCGAAGUGGAGGUUGUGACGUUGUUUUCGGAUUUGGUUCUUUCGGAGGAGCUGGGGAAUAUGCUGCUCGCUGGGCAGAGAUGGGGAUGUUAUGCGAUGUAUCGAAAUAAUAAGAGGAUAAUUGAUAGUUGUGCUUUGUUGGAGUUUAAAGGGAAAAAGUGGUGUCCUGUUACCCACAUCUAG